AUGUAUAAAAAUUUAGCAAACAGUGUUCAAUGUUUGAAAUGUCCAAAAGUUACUGCAUAUGCUAUACGGCCAGCACAAGACUGUAAACCGGCAUCAGAUCCAAAUAAUUUGCCAAAAACAAAUUUGGAGAAAUGGUUUACAUCAGCGAUGUUCAACGACUUGUUUCAAAAAGCAAAUCUUGGUCGAGGACCACAUCCGUGUCUGCCAUAUUCCUAUCAAGCAUUUGUUAUUGCGGCACGAUAUUUUCCAGAAUUUGCUGCCGAAAGUCCAAAAAAUGGCUAUACAACUGUGCAAAAUGUUCGUCGUGACGUGGCUGCAUUUUUUGCACAUGUGGUACAGGAAACUGGUGAAAAUGAUCUAAAUUUGUACAGCGAAAAUAACACUGUUAAGCAGCCAUCAGAUUGCUUCUAUCGUGGCGGUUUGUACAACUGGUUUGAAGGUGGUCGUGAAUCAGAAUUUUUCACAGCAACACCCAAAUUGCAAAUACCGCGAAUUGGUGACAGCUGCACUGAGGAUGGCCAGUAUUGUGCUAAGAAUCCGGAACUUGAUUUCUGGUAUCCGUGCAGUCAAAAAUCUGAAACCAUUGACAACAAAACUGUCUACUAUGGAUGCUACUUUGGUCGUGGACCACUUCAGGUUUUUCAACAAAAAAAAAAAAUCAAAGAUCUUUAAAA